AUGACCCCAGAUGAUAAUUGCAUCUGCCUGUUAAUCGGCCUCGUUGAUGUUGUCGUUGUUGUAAGGCAAGAAUUUGACACCGCGAUGAGUCAACAGCACUCCCGUGAAGAAGGAGUGGCUCGACUGGGUGGCUUUUUGCUAAUAGAUAAUAAGUUUCUCAGUCGGCGGCGAUAUGCGCUACUGAAACGAGGUGUUUCCACCGCCUAA